CACACACCAUGUCGCAUCGACCCAUCUACACCAACCCCGCCGCAGCGCACAACCUCCCAACCCAGCAGCCCUCCACCCUGCACCAAUUCCACCACUCACUCCCCAACUACGCCCCGACCCCACUCACGCCUCUCCCCACACUCGCGCACGACCUCGGCGUCCGCGCCGUCUUCAUCAAAGACGAAAGCGACCGCUUCGGCCUCCCGUCGUUCAAAGUCCUCGGCGCCUCAUGGGGCUGCUACCGCGCCAUCGUCGCCCUCUUGGGCCUCGAGCCGACCAUCGGUCUGGAGGGACUCAAAGCCACCUUAGCGGGGCGGGAGACGUCUGUGUCGGUGUUUGCAGCGACGGAGGGGAAUCAUGGUCGCGCGGUGGCGUUCAUGGCACGGUUGUUGGGGAUUCAGGCGCAGAUCUAUGUCCCGCGGAGUAUGGACGGGGCGACGAGGGGGUUGAUUGAGGGGGAGGGCGCGAGGGUGAGGGUUGUGGAUGGGUGUUAUGAUGAGGCGGUUUGGGAGGCGGAUAAGGCGGCGAAGGAGACGGAGGGAGGCGUGUUGGUUCAGGACACGGCGUUCGAAGGGUAUGAGGAUGUGCCCGGGUGGAUUGUCGAGGGGUAUUCGACGAUGAUGGCGGAGGUGGAGGAGCAGCUGGCUGGUGAAGAGGGAGGGAUGGAGUGUGAUGUGAUGAUUACGCCGGUGGGAGUGGGCAGUUUGGCGCAUGCGGUGACCAGGCAUUGUAAGGCUGGCGAGAGGCAGAGGCCGGUGUCUGUCGUUGCUGUGGAACCGGACACGGCGCCGUGUCUGUGGACGAGUCUGCAGGCGGGAGAGCAGCGCAGUGUGGUGACUUCUGCGACGAUCAUGGAUGGGAUGAACUGCGGGACGGUGUCGACGACGGCGUGGCCGGAUUUGCAGCGCGGAGUGGAUGCGGCGGUCACGGUGUCGUCGUAUGAGACGCAUUGUGCGCUGCAGGAUCUGGCUGCGUGGUCGGUGCGGGCAGGGCCUUGUGGUGGUGCUUCGCUGGCGGCGUUGCGCCGUUUGAGUCAGGCGAAGGAAGGGAGUCCCUUGCUGAAGAAGGACUCGGUUCUGGUGCUGCUGAGUACGGAAGGUCCUCGAUCAUAUUCGGUUCCUCUGGACGUCUCGGUGGAUGGCGCUGUCGGUCUCACCCAAGUUCUCACUCAGAUCAACUCCUCCAACCCGUCCCUGUCUGUGACAGACGGGGUCGGCGAGAACGGAAUCGCGGAUUAUCUGGCAGAGUGGUUCGCAUACCGCGAUAUCGAGCAUCACAGACUUGAAACAGUGUCAGGACGACCGUCGAUCGUCGGCGUGCUGCGCGGUGCCGGAGGAGGCCGAUCUCUGAUGUUCAACGGCCAUGUCGACACCGUCAGUCUGACCACCUACGAGAGGGACCCUCUCUCUGGCGUCAUCGACGAGAGAAAUGGCCAAAAGGUUGUGCUGGGGAGAGGCAGUCUCGACAUGAAGGGCGGUCUGGCUGCGGCCAUGGCAUCAGUAUCCGCCGUCAAAGCCAGCGGAAAGAUCCCUCGAGGGGACGUGAUCAUCGCUGCCGUCUCGGACGAAGAAGAUGCCUCGCAGGGAACGCGCGAUCUUCUCGCUGCAGGCUGGCGAGCUGACGCGGCCGUCGUCAUGGAACCUACCAUGGGCGAGAUCAUCACGGCACACAAAGGAUUCGAAUGGGUGGAAGUCGACAUCCUCGGAGUGGCUGCUCACGGAUCCGAUCCCUCCAAAGGCGAAGAUGCCAUCCUUUCCGCAGGAUGGUUCCUGCGCGCUCUCGAGCAGUACCAGCAACAGUUACCCGUGGACGACACCCUGGGGCCUGCCUCUCUUCAUUGUGGAUUGAUCCAGGGGGGCGAAGAGCCGUCUUCGUAUCCAGCCAAGUGCACCGUCACUGUUGAAUUCCGGACGAUUCCUUGCCAAACGGGUGAAUCGAUCUUGAGUGAUGUGUCCAAGAUGCUGAAGGACAUUGUUCAGGAGAACCCUCGUUUCCGGUACGCAGAACCUCGCAUCACGAUGUCUCGUCCGACACAGAAGCUGGCUGCCGAUCACCCCUUCGUCACGCAGGCUGUUGAUUGGACGGGUGCUGUUCUGGGGGAGACUCCGAAGCUGAGUACAGCUCCUUUCUGGUGCGAUGCGGCCUUCUUGACCGAGGCGGGUGUUCCGUCCAUUGUGUUUGGUCCAAAGGGCGAGGGACUGCAUGGUAAAGAGGAAGACCCCGAAAAGCAACCAAACUCUCAAUUGAACGAGCAAAAUGAUCCCCAAGCCUCGGGAAAUGCCUCAGCAAAGGAUUUAGACGACAAGACUGAAUAUAUGACGGGGGCAAAACUGCAAAGACCACUUACCGACGUCUCCCAGUGGCUAGACGGUGCUUAUAGUCCGCCAGCUCCUUGCUCCUACUGCCGCAGGCAUCGUCUCCAGUGUCUUAUUCUCCGUACCACCGCCGCAAACCCCAACCCCGUCACCGCAUGCUCCAGCUGCGUGGCUCUCUUCCGUGAAUGUAGUCUCGCGCUGGGCGAGAAGCGUCAACCCUCGCGCUUCGAGACCCUCUCGCCUGUUCUCGGCAAUCUUCAUGGUCUUCGCGAGAUCUGCGAGGACGCUUCCGCAGGCACCAUCACAGGGGAUGCCAAUCGCCCUGUCUCGCCGACCCUCGAGGAAAGCAGCAGCCGCAACCCCGAGUCGAAGCACUUCGUGCGCAAAGGCGCACGAGUGCUCCGUUCCUGGUUCCUUCAACAUCAAGACUACCCGUAUCCAACCGAUGAGCAGAAAUCCCAGCUCGUUCUGGAAACAGGAUUCUCAAAGCAGCGCAUCUCAACAUGGUUCGCCAACGCGCGACGACGCCAGAAACAGAAACUCCAGCAGCGUCAGAACCCCAACCUCCCCGGCUCGGCGCGCAUCUUCCGCGCCGGUUCCCCCAUGCCCUCUUCCUCGUGGGCGUCCAUGACCCCGCUAGAGCGAUGGCAGGCCUCCCCGCCGGAAGAUGACCCCGUGCCUGAAUCCACCAUCCGAGACGCCAUCGCCUCGACGACCACCCCAGCGGAAUCAAACGCCCAAGGCCUCUCGUCUUCGCAGGACGACACCCUCUUCCCAACCCUCGAUAUAGACCUCGGAGGAACCGGCCUCGACUCCUUCCUCAACCUCGACGACGAGUCCUCCUCCCAUCUGGACUCCUCCGUCUCCGGCCUCGGCAGCAGGCGAUCAGACGUCUCGUCCGACAGCGUCUCCUCGGCAUGGAGUCUGCAAUCCGACGGCGGAGUCCCCUUGCCCCUACCUUCGCACCUCCGAAGACCGUCUUCGUCAUCGAACCACCGUCGCCGCUCAUCCCGCCGCUCUCGAUCAUCCCAUACCCGCAACGAUACCACCCGCUCAACCUCCACCUCCACUUACAUCUACCAAUGCACCUUCUGCGCGCAAUCCUUCAAGAAGAAAAACGACUGGUCCCGCCACGAAUCCAGCGUCCACCUAACCCUCGACUCGUGGAUCUGCACACCCAACAUCUCAGACCUCCACCCUCCUCCAGCCCAAGCCCCCCAAGACCAACCCAUCAAUCCCACCUCCAGCCCCACCCCCAGGGCAAACCCAGACACAGAAUGUCCCUUCUGCACACACCCUUCCCCGACCCUCUCCCACUACACCGACCACGACUUCCACACCUGCGCCGCAAAGCCCCUGUCCGAGCGCUCCUUCCCCCGAAAAGACCACCUCGUGCAACACCUGCGCAAGUACCACUCGUGCUCGAAGGCCCCCGUGCCGGAUCUCGGCGCGUGGAGGGUCUCGAGGACGACAGGCGAUCAGGGCCAGGGACAGGGGCAGUCGUGGAGCGAGAGGGUGGAUCAUCUGGCGGGGCAUUUUAGACAGGGGUCUAGGAUGGCUGAGUGGGUUGGGGAUUGGGGGUUUGAAGAGGAGGUGUUGGGUGGGUUGAGGAGGGUCACCGCGGUGGGGGGUCCUGGGUUGAGGGGGUGA